GCUGGAUGUAGCGUUGUAACGUUCUGACGUCAUGUAGGUGAGUGGCGUCAUACAGGAACCAGUGGAAGGGAGCUUGACAAAUCAAGAUGGCGUCCCACGCUGAAGCAGUAGAGAUAUUUCAGUGUAAAUAAAACACAUUCGCAGAAUAGUUUAAAUUUGAGUGCCACCUCGACAAUACGUCGUUUGGAUUUUGAAAAAACAAGACGGAGCAGAUACAGUCUCUAAAUGGCUGCGAGGAAGUCUGGAUCAGAUGUAUACAACAAUGGACCCAUCAGCUACCUUGAUGAAGUUCCCUUCAAGAUCAAUGACAAAUUCCGCUGCCCAGCCAAAGUGGGGCUGCCUGUUGGUUUCUGUCUACCAGACUGUGGCUCCUUGCUGAUGGACUCACAGUAUGACUUUUCUCUGGAGAAGCGUAGUGUUCGUUGGGGGGUUGAACUGGCUGAGGCCAGAGCAGCAGAAGCCAGAGCAGAAGAAGCCGCAGCCAAGCAGGAGGCAGAGAGCAGAGAGUGCUUGGCACAGGCCCAGGACAUUGAUGGCGAUGGAGGGAAGAAACGCCGGUGUGCUGCAGAGGACCAGGACCUUCUACCACCAGCGUUGAACCCCGUGCUGGCAGGGCUGAGCCAUAACGCCAUCCUCACUCCACUGCCUGCCCCAAGCCUUGGCCCCAGGAAAAUCCAGCCUAGCACUCCCCAGCUGCACAGCCUCAACCUAGCCGACUUUGAGCGGGAAGAGGACCCCUUUGACAAGCUGGAGCUCAAAACUUUGGACGAUAGGGAGGAGCUCAGGAACAUCCUCCAGAGCCAGCCCCAACCUCAACCUCCUCCCUCUGUAUCCCUACCAGAGGUUUCCCAGAUAGGGCCAGUGUCACGUGGAAACAGCCCGUCUCCUCCCAGCACCAACACCAGCCUCACAGCCAAACCUGGCUUUACCCAUAAACCCAAUGGGUUGGUUGCCUUGCUGGACAUGGACAGAGUUGGACAACCUGGGAGAACGGGGUUUGACACAGAUGAUCGACCCUGUAACAUCCGCUCUCUCACUUUUCCCAAGCUGUGUGAUUCUGGUGACCCAGUGCCAGUAAGGUACAGCCCAAUCCCUGCACCCAUCCCGGCUUCUCGACAGAACCUACCCAAUGGCAGCCCACUGACCAUUCGCAAGACCCAAGUUAUUGUUGCCCCUGAGCCAACUAGCCACACCAAGGGUGGCGCACCAAAACCGGCCAACCCAGGGUCAGGAACUGCUGGUCUGCCAUGUGGCGGAGCCCUGCUCAGCAUGACCCCCAGCGAGCGUCAGUGUGUGGAAACCCUUGUGGGCAUGGGCUACUCUUAUGAGGGUGUCCUACGGGCCAUGCAGAGACAAGGGCAGAACGUGGAGCAGGUACUGGACUACCUGUUUGUCCAUGGGCGUCUGUGUGAGCGGGGCUUCGAUGCAAGUGCGGUGGAGGAAUGUUUAGAGAUGUACCAAUGCUCAGAAGAAAAGGCCUUGCAGUUCCUUGAGCUAAUGUCAAGAUUUGGCGAAAUGGGAUUUCAGCGGGAUGCCAUCAAAGAAGUGCUGCUAGUCCACAACAAUGAUCAGGACAAGGCUCUAGAGGACCUGAUGACUCGGGCUACAGCUAGCUGAGCCAAGCUAACCAGUCAACCAAAGCCCAGCCCAGGGCUUGCCUCCUGCUACUACCCGACACAGCCCCUUUCCUUCUGCCUACCCUAUCACACCAUGUCCUGUUCUUGCCUUGGCUGUGGAAGGGACAGCUGGGCAACAGUUGUAUUUCUCUCUGUGCUAAAACAUAUUGUGUCUCAGCACAUUUUUUUAAAGACUGUGCCUAGAGUUGAGGGGGUCACAGUGUAACAAUGCUUAAUGGUGGUGUUUUCUUUUCUAAGAAAUCCUGGGGUUAGGUACCAGGAUUUUGUACUGCAAGGGUAUUCAAGAAUGGGAAGAAUGACUGAGCUGGAAAGGAGACACUGGAAGAAUUGGGCUGUGGUGUUUUGGAAGCUGCAGGACUUAAUGGAGAGCUGACGACAGGCUUUGAGUACAUCGCAGAAAGACCAGUUUGAACUCUUGAUACUCCCAAAUGACUAAGCUGCCAUCUUCCACUGCUCUGUGCAGACCUAUUAAAUGGUGGCGGGGCUUGAGGAGGCUCUCUUCAAACUGAAACAACUAACAUUAAAAUUAAAAAAUGAAAAAGAAAAAAAAGAGGCUUAGUCGCCAGACAGACAACUGACUUCAAGAAGUGCCCUCUCUGCUCUGGUUCCCUGCACCUACAGUAGUUCUGUUCUAUUUUAUUCUUUCAUUCAUUCAUGUCUGUUGUUCUGUUCAUUUGGGCACUUUUUCCAUGUCAUUUUAAAGAUUCAUUUUAUUUGAUUUCUUUUUUAGGAACUGCAUAAUAGAUCCUUAGUCACUAUAACUCAGAAAAUAAGAGAUAUUACUGCCUCAGUACGCUCUUUGACCUGCACUGGAAUGGCUUGUUAGAGGAGUGGGGAUAAAUGGGGAAAGUUCCUCUGUAGGAAAUAAUAAGAAAUCUCCCAUAAUCCACUGGCACUGAUGUCAUUAGAUGCACACACAUGUUUCAUUAUUGUCAACUUAUUUAAAAUAGUACACUGAUACUUUCAUUUAAAAAAAAAAAAAUUAAGAGUUUGAUAUAAUGGUCGUUAACUCACAAAAGUGACACUUAACUGUCACGGACAUCUGUUUGCAGACUGGAAAUGAGUGAGUGGUUAAAAAAUAUAUAAGUCAGGGUUGUUUUUGCAGCCACAUUACAGUGCAAUAGAGACAUUUCAUAUUGUAUGUCUGUUGACUGGCUCGUUGAGCCUCAAGUAAUUGUCGGGGAUAAGGCAUGGUCUUCAAGCCUUGCUAUAAAUUUGGAUGUAACUAGAAAAAGUUUCAUUCAUUUCAAUGAUCUCAAUCAUUUAUUCUCUGUAAUUGGAUUUCAUGCCACAAAAUCUAAACAAACAUGACUUUGGUUUGUUGACUUCGUCCAAUGUCUUUUCUCAUAUGUAAUAUUAAAAAAAAGGUUUCAUCUUGA